AUGAUACCGUUUGCCCUUCGGAAUAUAAAAAUAAUAAUCUACCAUGGUCAUUACGCAGCGAAAAAUUUUCCAAUUAAUUUAAAAAUACUUCCUGAUUGGGUUGAAAAUGGAUUUUACAAAGUUAAAAUAACCGUCAUGAAAGAAAAGACAAGAUUACUCUGUCUUGAAUUAUCUGAAACAUUAAAAUUUAAAAAAUUAACGGAUAAGACAAAAAAAAAUAACGGUUAA